AUUUCUUUUUCUUUGUUAGCAGCCGAUAAAAAUGGCCUACGGUCAUCAUCAACAAACAAAAUAUAUUAAUAUAGUAACAAAAAGAUCCCUUUUUUUCACACCAAAUUCCAAGUUUUUUUCACACUGUAACACUCUCUACACUACACAUCCCUUGAUCCAAAAAAAAAAAAACCAUUUUUCAAUUCCUAUAUACUCAGAAAAAUCAUGUAAUCACGAGAAUUUUUUUAUAUACUUAUAGAUAAAGGAGAUUUUUUUGUGUAUAUAAAGGACUGUCAAUGAAGUGAUAAGCUGUCUUUAAGGUUCAAAGAUUUUCUGUUACUGAAGGAUUCUUUCCUUUUUGUUUUGUUGGACAAAUGGAGAUUAUGGAUUCAAGUCCUUAUUUGAGUUUAAUCGCUGCAUUCUCGUAUGGCAUUGCAUCUAUGGCUAUGGUUUUCAUCAACAAGGCAGUGAUCAUGCAAUAUGCCCACUCAAUGACUCUUCUCACAGUCCAGCAAAUAGCAACAGCUUUGCUCAUACACCUUGGCAGAGUCAUGGGAUACACAAAAGCCAAAGAAUUAAAUGCAGAGACUGCAAAAAGACUUUUCCCAGUUUCAUUGUUCUACAAUGCAAAUGUGGGAUUUGCUUUAGCAAGCUUGAAAGGAGUAAACAUUCCUAUGUAUAUUGCCAUCAAAAGGCUUACGCCACUUGCUGUACUAGUAGCUGGAUUCUUUACCGGAAAGGGUAGACCUACAACUCAGGUAACACUUUCCGUAUUACUUAUUGCUGCCGGAGUUCUUAUCGCAGCUCUUGGAGAUUUUUCCUUUGAUCUUUUUGGAUACAGUUUGGCCUUUAUUUCUGUUUUCUUCCAGACCAUGUACCUUGUGUUGGUUGAGAAGUCAGGAGCAGAGGAUGGGCUUUCGUCGAUUGAGAUCAUGUUUUACAACAGUUUCUUAUCUUUGCCAUUUCUGCUAUUCCUCAUCAUAGCCACAGGAGAAUUUCCAAAUUCUUUAUCUCUUUUAUUUGCAAAGAGUAGUUCAAUAUCAUUUCUUGCAAUUCUUAUUCUUUCAUUGGUGAUGGGCAUCAUCUUGAACUAUACGAUGUUCUUGUGCACCAUUGUUAACUCGGCUUUAACUACCACAAUUGUCGGAGUCCUCAAGGGAGUUGGAUCUACGACACUUGGAUUUGUCCUGUUGGGAGGAGUAGAAGUACAUGCUUUGAAUGUCACUGGUUUAGUGAUCAACACAGCUGGUGGUGUGUGGUAUUCAUUAGCCAAAUAUCAACAGAAGAAGAGCAAAUUACCCAAGAUAAUGUCCGAUAUCGAUAGUCAUCGUAAAUAAAAAGAUUACAAGUUGGUUCCAUAGAGUUCAAUAUUUAUAAUUUUCUUCCUUCACAAGUUGUGAAGAGGAAACUACAAGUUACAAUCACCAUGGAUUUUGUUUACAAUCAAUUUGAUAGUACCUUAAACAUGUACUUGUUGUUUACAUGUUGUUUACAUGUAAACAUUUAAAAUGUUGUAUAACUCUUUUUGUCUUGAAAUGUUAGAGUAUUUCUUUUCAUCUGUCUAAAUCUUGGUCGUGCAUUUACUUCAAAAGAAACUUGUCUAAACCUACCUAAGGUAGUUGAGGUCGGGUUAUUA